GAAAGAAAAGCGACAAAACUUCUCACCCGACAUCGAGGACCACCCCGCUCGGCAACCACAUCAAGAUGGUCCGUUACGCUGCUCAGGAGAUUCCGGCCGCUAAGAGCGCCCGCGCCCGGGGCUCUUACCUGCGCGUCAGCUUCAAGAACACCCGUGAGACCGCUCAGGCCAUCAACGGCAUGAAGCUCCAGCGUGCUCUUACUUUCCUUGACAACGUCACCAACAAGCUCGAGGCUGUCCCCAUGCGGAGGUUCGCUGGCAGCACCGGCCGUUGCGCUCAGGGCAAGCAGUUCGGUGUCAGCAAGGCUCGCUGGCCCGAGAAGUCCGCCAAGUUCCUCAUCGACCUCCUGAAGAACGCUGAGGCCAACGCCGACACCAAGGGUCUUGACACUGGCAACCUCGUUGUCAAGCACAUCCAGGUCAACCAGGCCCCCAAGGGCCGCAGACGCACCUACCGUGCCCACGGUCGUAUCAACCCCUACAUGACCAACCCUUGCCACAUCGAGCUUAUCCUUACUGAGGGUGAGGAGGUUGUCCAGAAGGGUCCCGUUGCCAAGGAGGCUCACCUCUCCUCUCGUCAGCGUGGCCUCCAGGUCCGCCGUGCCAUCCAGGCAUAAGCGGUUCAUGGGUGUCGGGGGUGAGGUAGUCGGAAAAUGAAUGGGAAAGCCGGAGUUUUCUGUUGUACGGAACAAAUACCUUUUUACGGAAGGAAUACAAAAGAAAUUUCUACAAACUGAACAACCCUUCGAAAUCUAUGGGUGGAAGCA